AUGGUUCACUAUUCACUUGAGCAAAACCCCAUAAAAUCAUGCAAAUCAAGAUAUGCAAUUCUUCAUGCUCACUCAAAGAACACUCAGGCCAUCAAGGAUAUGCUCAUCUGGAAAGCCACCAGGUAUCUAAAGGAUGUCGCUUUGCAGAAGCAAUGUGUUCCAUUCUGUUGUCACAGUGGUGGAGCUGUUAGGUGUGACCAGGCCAAACAGUGGGGCUGGUGGCCCAAAAAGUGUGCUGAAUUUUUGCUGCAAAUGCUUAAAAAUUCAGAGAGGAAUGCUGAACUAAAGGGUUUAGAUGCAGGUCCUCUGGUCACAGAGCACAGCCAGGUGAACAAAGCCUCCAAGAUGUGGCACCAAGCUUACAGAGCUCAUGGGUGCAUUAACCCACACGUGGGCCAGCCCUGCCACACUGAGAGAAUCAUCGCCGAAAAAGAGCAGAUUGCUCCUAACCCGGGAGAGGAGGUUGCUCGGAAGAAAAGGAUAUCCUAG